UAUUGAUACUCUUUUGUUUGAGACUUCCCCCCCCAUAUCUCCCGCGCCUCCCAACCAUGAACAUUAUCAUCCCGAUGGGCGGCAUUGGCUCGCGGUUUGAGCGCGACAACUACCGCUUCCCAAAGCCCUUGAUCAACAUUGUCGGCCAUCCGAUGCUCUACUGGCUGCUGGACAACCUCAGCAUUGACCGCUCGAACGACGUCAUCUGGAUGGCUGUCAUGACCUCGGUCGAGAACAUCUUCCACUUCAAGAAGCGUGUCUGCAAGCAGUAUCCCAAGCACCGCAUCAACGUCGUCACGCUCGACUUUGAGACGCGCGGCCCGGCAGAAACCGUGUUUGUCGUGCUCCAGCACAUGAAGCCGGACGACUUGAAGCGCCGCACCAUCUGCCUCGACUGCGACACCAUAUACUUUAGCGAUGUUCUUGCCGACUUUCGCCGUCUCGAUCCGGGCGUCAACGCCUCCUUUUGCUUUGAGGACAAGAUUGGCCAGCCCGUGUUCAGCUACAUUGCGAUGGACGACCAGCAGAACAUUCUCGACAUCAAGGAGAAGAUGCCCAUCUCGACCUGGGCCAAUACCGGCGCUUACGGCUUUGCCAGCGGCGAGCUGCUCAAGCAGUUUUGCGUCGAGCAGCUCGACACGUCCGUCGACUCGACUGGCGAGUACUACACUUCUGCCAUCAUUCGCUUGAUGCUGUCGCAAAAGCAGCCCUUCAAGGGAGUCAAUGUGAGCGACUUUUACUGCGUCGGCUCGCCAGACCAGCUCACAGACUUUUUGCACAACAUUCGCAUCGGCAAGAUCAAGUCCCCACGAACGAUGCGCUUUUGCUUUGAUCUCGACAACACGCUCCUGACCUACCCGCUGGUCGAAGGCGACUACACGAGCUGCCAGCCCAUGGAAAAGAACAUCCAGCUGGUGCGCGAGCUCAAGGCUGCGGGACACUACAUUAUCAUUUCGACGGCGCGUCGCAUGAAAACCCACGGUGGCAACGUCGGCGCCGUCAUCAAGGACAUUGGCUGGAUCACGCUGAACGCCCUCGAGACCAACCAAAUCCCGUACGACGAACUGCAUUUCGGCAAGCCCCACGCAGACAUUUACGUUGACGACUUGGCCGUCAACGCCUUUAGCGACACGGAGAAGGAGCUCGGCUGGUCGCUCAUCACCUCGGGACGCGAUUCGUCGGUGCCUGCGCGUCAGCUCGGCGUCAUUGAAGCGCGCAACUUUAACAAGGUCACCUUUGUCGACAACUAUGUCAUCAAGUCGUCGCACAACGACAUUAUUCGCGGCGAGCGCUUCUUCUACGAGCACAUGCCUGCAGACAUUGCCCACCUCUUCCCACGCCUGCUCGAGUCGUCCACCGAGCAAAAGACCAACAUUGUCACCAUCAAGCUCGAGCAGGUCAAGGGCGUGACGUAUUCGCAUCUCUCCAUCAACCGCUGCUUGACCGAUGGCCGCUUGCUCAAGCUUCUUCGCGCGCUGCACGCGCUGCAUUCGUCGCAAGGCCACCCGGGAGACCGCCCCGACCCUGCCACGCUCGACUUGUACCAAAACUACGCCCCGAAGGUGCGCGCCCGCUACGCCAAGUCGCGCGCCAUCUACGACGCCAUCGAUCCUGUCGGCGUCAAGGCCGCCUUUGACACCAUUGUCGCCGCUCUUGACAACUACGAGGCAGAGAAGCUUGCAGUGUACUCGCACGUCAUCCACGGCGAUCCCGUCUUUUCCAACGUCCUUCUCAAGUCGGACGGCAACCUGGUCAUGAUUGACAUGCGCGGCCAACUCGGUGGCCAUGUCACCAUGCAAGGCGACCGCAACUACGACUUGGCCAAGCUGUACCAGUCGCUCUGGGGCUACGACUUUGUGCUGCUCGACAAAGAAGACAAUGCCGACGACGAGGCAUUGCUUGCGCACCUCCGCCACAUCUUUUUGCAGUUUGUCACUGAAAAGUAUGCUCAAGAGUCGGCGCCCAGCAUCUACUACCUCGACAUCUUGACGGCGUCGCUGUACUUGUCGCUCAUUCCGCUGCACGACGCCCACCAUCGCCAGUUCUUUGGCCUGUGCCAGAAGGUGCUUGCGCAUUCCGAACAGUACCGCCCAGCCUCUCUUGCCAAGUAGAAAAAAACCAAAACGGCGCCAUCUGUUCUUGUGGUGUUGCUUGUUGCUUGUUGCUUGUUGGAUGUUGGUGCUUUUGUUGUUUUGUGUUUUUGUCUGCUCGAGCCUGUCUUUGCCGAGUUUUUUUUUUCGGCUGUUUUUUUUUGGUGCUUUUUGUAUUCUUAGAACAACACGCUCCCCUUUCCUAUUGAACACCGUAUCC